UCACAUCUGCAGCUGCUGGAUUUACUCUGAUGGAUGUAGAAAAGCUGGGAAGUGCGUUGUGAUUAUGAUCUCCGGGAGUGUUUAAAGGAAACAUGGGAAUAGACUUGAUGCAGUUAUUUUCUCUGCUCGUGUGUUGUGAACUUUCAGCGGCUCUUACACAUGAAGACACUUUGCGGUCUAGCAGUAACGAACACGAUGGCGCCUAUGAUAACGCUAAUGAGAAGCGAUGGACACUUUUGGAGUACUGGAAAGUCUUUAACAAAGUAAACAGAGACCAGAUACAUUCUGACAGAAUACCUGCUUUCCAUCUGGACGGGAUUUUAAAGGGAAAUAUCAGCACAGAGUCCGAAAAAGAUGUCAAAACAGCAGACCGGAGUCUUGGUGUCGUGGACACACAUAGUACUCGUGUAAAUACCAACAUGGACCAGUCCUGGACCAGUCAAGGUGUGUAUCAUCGAGCAAAAAGAGCUGUCAUGGACCGACACGAUAUCAUCGAUUCAAAUCAGCCAUUGCCUGUAGUUGAGAAGUUGGAAAACCUGCCUAAACCUUCAGCCCAGAACCAGCCAGAAGGUCUUCCGACCGAGCCUCCGUCCCAAACCGAACUUUUCACAGAAGACAUCACUCCACUGGGUCCUAUUAACACUCGACCUCAAGGUCCCGGGCUUCCAAACCCGUUUUAUCCGCUCACAGGAGAAUCUUACGGUGCCUACGCGAUAGUGUUGGUGUCUGUAACCAUGUUCACAACGGGGAUAAUCGGUAAUAUCGCAAUCAUGUGCACAGUGUGCAAUAAUUACUACAUGCGCAGUGUUUCCAACUCGCUGCUCGCCAAUCUGGCACUGUGGGAUUUCUUCAUCACCUUCUUCUGCCUGCCGUUAGUGGUUUUUCACUACCUCACCAAGAACCUGCUGCUUGGAGAUAUAUCCUGUAAAAUUAUACCCUACAUUGAGGUGGCUUCUUUAGGUGUAACUACCUUCACCCUUUGUGCCUUGUGCAUAGACCGCUUUCGUGCUGCCUCCAACAUUCAGAUGUACUACGAGAUGGUCGAGAACUGCAUCUCCACCUCAGCCAAGCUGGCAGUAAUCUGGCUGGGAGCGCUGCUGCUGGCACUGCCUGAGCUGCUCAUCCACCAGCUGGUGACGGAGGAGCGAGAGGUGCCCACUGAGGUGCCAACUGAGGUGCCGUUUGAGAUGUCUGGUAAAAUGCUACCCUGCGAACGCUGUGAAAUCCGUAUCUCUACAGCACUUCCCGACUCCCUCUAUGUGCUGGGCCUGACUUAUGACAGCGCUCGCUUGUGGUGGCACUUCGGGUGCUACUUUUGCCUGCCGACUGUCUUUACCAUCGUCAGCUCAGUGGUGACUGCGCGGAAGAUGCGCCAGGCUGAGAGUACGAAUGUUCGAGGGAAGCGUGAGCAGAUUCAACUGGAGAGGCGGAUGAACUGUACGGUGGUGGCACUGGCCAUUCUCUAUGGCUUCUGCGUGAUCCCAGAAAAUGUCUGCAAUGUGGUUUUGGCAUACAUGGCUGCAGGCAUGUCGCGCCACACCCUUGAUGUUCUGCACCUGCUCAGUCAGAUGCUGCUGUUCUGCAAGUCUGCAGUGACACCCGUGCUGCUGCUGAUCCUCUGCAAGCCCUUCAGCAAAACAUUUUUGCACUGCUGCUGUUGCUGCUUGGAAGAAUGCAGCCCACCUAAAGCUUCCAAUGGGCAGAGUGAUGACAACGAAAAUGAAGUCACCACUGAACUGGAGCUCUCACCCUAUAGCACAGUGCACAAAGAGGCAGCUAGUCACACAUCUGUAGGAGCACACUGCUAGGGGACUACAGUACUGUUCUGUAACAUAUUUAGGAUGCACCUUAUUCUAUUUCAUUCCAGAAUUGCAUUUUCUAUCCAUAGGAUAUGUUCUACGUUCUUCU